GGACUGUCAAGAAUGACGAACCGUUGGAACUGAUGAUGAAGGGAACAGGUGCAGACAUGACUAAGGUGAGCUUGGCACAUACUUGACUGGUCAGUUCCCGCACGCGGCAAAACAAUAACAACAACAAUAACAAUAAACAACAACAACAACUGGCGGUCAAAAUAGUCCACCGUCUGUCGAUCAUUUACUGGUCUUCUCCACCUGAGACAAAAACAAACACCCCCGCCCAGUGUUCAGGUGUUAAUCCACUUGUCAAGAACCCUGAUGCUAUCUUAAUGCUGUCUUCCCUCACUCUCCCAUCUCCAUCUCUAUUCCCUCUCUCUCCCUUUCACUCCCAGAUAUCUAGUUGUAGACAGGCGUUGACGAAAGAAGAGAGGAUAGGCUAUCCAACCUCGUCAUCGUAGAGAUGACGCAGGGCGCGGAGGUUCGUGUCAAUCUCUUUAUUCCUUUCUUCCUCUGUCUCAUCUCCCUUGCGCCCCUCCCUCCCGUUCAAACCAACUCACCCGUGCACCCUGACCUGCAGAUGACACCCGCUCCAGCGAACGUCGACAACAACAAGUCUCCAACACCCUUUGAAGCAGCCCACCAGCUGCAGCAGACCCUCCUCCAAUCAACCAGUGGCUGCUCCCCACCCCGCUCCCGCAAACACUCCCGCGCAAGCAGCACCGCAAGCGACAGAUCCGACCUGUCAGGCGUCACAGGCCAAUUCGACGACGCCGAUGAGUUCGAUUACCCCCCGGGGCCAGCCGGCUCACCGUAUUCCAAACGCCGUCGCUCCAACGACUGGCCGCGCGGUCCAGAAGAUCCUUCGUCAUUAUCAUCUCGGAAGGAAAACACCAGCUACCUCUGGCCCUUCCAUCACGGACGCACGACAGGCUCCCCGCGGGGGUCCGCGCGAAACCGCCAUGCGGUUCCGGCGAGGGGUCGACGGUCCAGGUUCGUGGAAGCCCACAUGAAUGACAGCGUGAGCGAGAAACCUCCGAGUAUCUACUUGCGUGAUGGUAGACCUGCGCCUGGCGAUGGGCCAAAUGCGAACGGCCAACGUUCGUCCGGGAUCUUCCGCUUCGGGAAAGCGAUUGCGUCGGCGUUUAAUCCGUUUGGUGCUUGGGGUAACGUUACUGAGAUGUGGAGGGGUAGCUCGCCGGAGGCGAACCAUGCUGUUGAUGACCCUGUGGCGCAGGCGGAGAAGGCGUACGCGGAGUUGAAGAAGUCGGGGUAUAAGGGGACGAAUAAGGGGAGUUAUCUUCAGGAUAUGAAACCGGGAGGGCCUGACGAACAGAUGUGGAAGUCGAAAUCAACGAGGGAGAAGACGGACUACAAACCGACUACAGGCUACCACUCGAGGCAGAACUCAGGCGACGGACACGAGUCCAAUACUUCGAUUCGAAGCUCUAUCAAGGAACUUCGCAAGGCCAAGUCCUCCCUGGGGAUCCCCACCAUCAACGCGACGUCCAUCUUCGGUUCACAGCGUCGUCGCUCCGACGACUCAGGGAACCCCGAAGUGCGACACCAGAAGUCGCGCAAGGAACUCCAAAAGCAAGCCAAGUUACUCAAACGCGUGAGCGAUCUAGAAGUGAAACUCGGCAGAGCGCGUCGCGAGUUGCAGGAUCUGAUCGGGGAGGACGAAGUCUUCGAGACUAUCUUCUGCCAGGACAGGGCUCAUCACCGGAAAUUCGUGCCGGGGGCGCUGCCUUCGCUUCCUUCGGAGCGACUCUUGCAUGCUGCGGCUUCGUCGCCAUCGGCGCCGUCUGCCGAGCUUGCUCGUUUGGCUGCGGUGUCGGAGAAUGUCCAGCGACAGCUAGAGGAGUUGAAAGGCGAUCCUGAUUCGCCUGUUAAGUCCAAGAGUCAAGCUGCGCCUUUCACCCCGACAUCUGCCUCCCACGAAAAUCGCUUGCAGACUUCCUUAACGGCAGACAGCCCUCCAUCUCGGAAACGAAAGUCCCCAGACCCAGCCUCCGUCCAAGCGAGAGAAGGCCAAUCCACGCCCAGGAGAGUUACCGAGGAGCCCACCAGCACCCCAGCGCCCGACAGCACGCGCAAAGCCAAACUCCCGAAAAUGAUCAUAGGCGACAGCCCGGGGUCCGUCGAGCGCAAGUGGCCGAAAGACCAGCCGAAAACCAACACACACCAACAAACCCCCAAAGAAGACCGAGGGACCAAAGAAGACAGAAGCAGACCACCCCUCCAACCCUCCGCCAGACGAUCCCCCUCCUCCCGGCGGAAGGCAUCCAACUCGCGCAACAGAACAGCAGCAGCAGGGGUGCCCUCCCUCCGCAUGAAGAAGGGCCGCUCGAACCUCCGCUCUGCGAGCGCUAGCUCCGAAGCUCUCCCGCGCUUCUUCCCAGACGACGGCGAUGACGGAGACAAGGAAAACCAGUACCAGUGCCAGCCCGGGGAAUCAACGACCCCCAAGUCAGACGACGGCAACACCAACCCCAACGAUGUGACAACACCAAGUCCCAGCCCGACGCCCAACAAACGCAAAGACCGCAGCGACACUACCUACAGCUACAUCCCGCCUGUACCACCCCUGCCUAAGGACCUCGCUGCCACGGCCGCGAAGGUCGACCGACGGCUUGCAAAGGAGAUAGGCCAGAAGAGGGUGCGCGGGAAGAAGACGCAGGGUGGGGUUGGCAAUGGGAAUGGGGGAGUUGUUGUGCAUAAUAAGGGGAGUCGGGAGGGGAUGAAUUUUCAGUGGCCGGAUGAUAUUUUCUAGGAGAAUUGUUUGAUGGGCUUGGUGAUAUGGUUGGUUUGUGGUUUUGAUUUUGACUGCAGGGUUAUGAUGUUGGAUUUGAGGAGAGGAAGAUGAUGAUGAUGAGGUGGAUGAAGAGCCUGCUUCACAGCUGCAUACACCGUAUACAGUGUACGGUGUCUUGUCAGCUUGAGCGGGAGGGUGGGAGUGAAUAUGUGUGUGUAUGUGUGUGCCAUUUCCUUUGUUAUCACGAUUCACGAAGCCACGACAAUGUUUACCGCGACUAUGUCUAUGAUUGAUCAAUCAGUUACCCAAUGCCAUGCCU